UAUAAUGAGCAAAGUCACUCUGAGGUGACCUUGUUAGUCUGUGACUCGGUUACGGUUAGUUCUGGUGGCAGAGCAUGGCUGAUAAAGAGACUGCCCUCCCGCUGGACUCUUCUGAAGUACCCAAACACAUUCUCAUCUCGCCCAGUCCCUCAGAAAGAUCCCUGGCCGCUCCUGAGAACAGUAAUGAUGAAUCACCUCACCUGUUUCCCGGUCCACUCUGGCCUUUAGAUGAUAUAGACUGUACGGGCUCCCUAGCAGCCAAUACACCUACUGAUGCCUCUCCUAGAGGAGACGCGGGAGAAGAGGCUAGACGUUUCUCCAUAUCAUCCUGCUGCCGGGCUCCUUGCUGCAGCAGUUGCUUACGUUGUGGGAGAUUCACAGCACCGAUUGUUCUCUUCUGUCUUAUUUCUGUUGCCUUUGUGGCAUUAGGCCGAGGCUAUCUUACCCAGUUACUCUCUUGGCUGGAGAACUUACCUCUCAGCAUAAGCUUGAUAGUAUUCAUACUUCUAUUUACCCUCAUCUCCUUCCCAUUCGGUUUUGGCUACAUAAUCCUUAACACAACUGCUGGUUAUUUGUACGGAUUAGUUAGAGGACAGGCAAUCAUCACUGUCUCUGUCGCUAUCGGCUUCACGGUCGCUUUUCUACUCUGCAGGAGCUGUCUCCGUGAUUGGUCCUCUCAAUAUCUCUCUAAUCCUACUUUGCUAGCAUUGAUGCGCGUGGUGGAGGGCCCUCAUGGUCUCAAAGUUAUCAUUCUCACUCGAUUCACUCCUGUUCCCUUUGGUCUUCAAAACUCGCUAUUUGCUAUGACCAAAGUAAAGUUUUCAAAGGUUUUCAUAGGCUCCGUAAUAGGACUCUUUCCAACUCAACUCCUCAACACUUACAUGGGUAGUACAGUUAGAAAUAUGAAAGAGAUUUUAGCAGAUCGAGCCGAUGGCUAUAUCAUUUUGAUAUUACAGAUAGUAGUUACAGUCGUUUUAUCAUUAUAUGUUGUGCACAAGGCAAAACAAGAAUUGACCAAGAUAACAAAAACUCAUGACCUUGAAUCUGGCCUGCCAGAAGAUAGAUAGUAACUUAGUUCCUCUUAUUAUUUAUUAUUAUUAUUUCUAAUUAUUAUACUAUUACCGUCAUUGUUUUCAAAUUACUAUCUGUAAUGAAUAGAUAGCAAUUCUAAAAACAUAUCUAAUAUGAUUAUUUAUUGUCAUAACAUAAUAAUAUAAGUAUCAUGUUACCUGUUUCUUUAUUUUUACUACUAUAGUCAAUAUCAAAUUGAA